AACACAAUGGGACGUCUGUCUCUGCUCCUGGUUGUCACUCUCUCCCUGCUCACCUGCCAGGUUUUGUGCUCCGGAGUGUUUGAGCUGAAGCUGCAGGAGUUUCUCAACAAGAAAGGGGUGACGGGGAACGGCAACUGCUGCCCCGGAGGCUCCGCUCAUCCGCAGGGCCACCAGCAGUGUGAGUGCAAGACUUUCUUUCGGAUCUGUCUGAAGCAUUACCAGGCCAACGUCUCCCCAGAGCCUCCCUGCACCUAUGGCGGGGCCGUGACUCCCGUCCUCGGCUCCAACUCCUUCCAGGUGCCGGAGACCAAUGCGGACACCUUCACCAACCCAGUCCGUUUUCCCUUCGGCUUCACAUGGCCAGGGACGUUUUCACUAAUCAUUGAAGCUCUGCACACUGACUCCCUGGACGACCUGACAACAGACAACCCAGAGUAUCUGAUCAGCAGGAUCACCACUCAGCGUCACCUCACUGUGGGAGAAGAAUGGUCCAAGGACAUGCAGACAGCCGGCAGGACGGAGCUGCGUUACUCUUAUCGCUUCCUAUGUGAUGAGCACUACUACGGCGACGGUUGCUCUGUCUUCUGUCGGCCACGAGACGAUGCAUUUGGGCACUUUACCUGUGGCGAGCGUGGGGAGAUCAUAUGCAACUCUGGCUGGAAGGGACAGUACUGCACUGAACCAAUCUGUCUUCCUGGCUGUGAUGAAGAACAUGGCUUCUGUGAUAAACCAGGAGAGUGCAAGUGUCGUGUGGGCUUCAGUGGGCGUUACUGUGACGACUGCAUCCGUUACCCGGGCUGCCUCCAUGGCACCUGCCAACAGCCCUGGCAAUGUAACUGCCAGGAGGGAUGGGGCGGGCUUUUCUGCAACCAGGAUCUGAACUACUGUACGCACCAUAAGCCCUGCCUUAAUGGAGCCACCUGUACCAACACUGGCCAGGGAAGCUACACUUGCUCCUGUCUACCUGGAUACACAGGUGCCAGCUGUGAGAUCCAGGUCAACGAAUGUUCUGAAAACCCCUGUCGUAACGGAGGCAGCUGCACUGAUAAUGACAAUGGCUACAAGUGCACCUGCCCACCUGGUUUCUACGGUAACAAUUGUGAGUUGAGUGCCAAUACCUGUGCAGAUGGGCCUUGCUUCAAUGGCGGACGCUGUGUCGACAACCCCGAAGGUGGCUACUUCUGUCAGUGCCCCAUGGGAUACGCUGGCUUCAACUGCGAGAAGAAAAUUGACCACUGCUCCUCCAACCCCUGUUUAAAUGGUGCAGAUUGUGUGGAUCUGGUGAACUCUUACCUCUGUCAGUGUCCUGAGGGAUUUUCUGGUCCUAACUGUGAGGACAGCAGCAGCAGCAUCUCUGGUUUCUGUCUGUCCUUUCCUUGUCAGAACGGUGGGACGUGUCAGGAGGGUGUGAACGGCUACACCUGUACCUGCCCUCCAGGCUAUACCGGCAAAAACUGCAGCUCCCCCAUCUCCCGCUGCUAUCACAACCCCUGCCAGAACGGAGCCACCUGCCAUGAGCGCAGCGGCCGUUACAUGUGCGCUUGUGUGCCUGGCUACGGUGGUCACAACUGCCAGUUCCUGUUACCACAUAAACCCGGGCAUCAGCCAGUUGUGGAUGGACCGGAUCGGCGAUAUUCUCCUUCAGGAAAUGGAAAUGUUGAAGACGAGGAGGAUGACGAAAGCAGAUUCCCAUGGACGGCUGUGUGCGCCGGUGUCUUCCUUGUUCUUGUGAUCCUGAUCGGCUGCUCAGUGCUGGUGGUGUACGUUCGGGUCAAACUGCAACAGCGGCAAAGUCACCACAGUGACAGUGUCCACAGUGACAGCCACGAGACCAUGAACAACCUGACGACCACAAACAAUUGUCUCCGCACUGACAAGGAACUGGGCGCUACAGUGACAAUGUCAAUUAAAAACACCAAUAAGAAGGCAGAUUAUCAUUCAGACCUCGCUGGGUCGCUGGGCGGUCUUAGUGGAAUCAGCGGGCUCAACGGAUCAGAGAAGAACGGCUUUAAGACUCGCUAUCCCAGCGUGGAGUACAACCUGGUCCACGAGCUCCGGCCUGAGGAGCUGUUGCUGUGUAAAGAGGAGGAGCAAGAUGAGCCAGAGGUCAAAUGUGAAAUGCUGGAUGAGUUCGACUCAGAGGAAAGACACAGGAAGAGACAAAACAGUGAUGCAUCAGAAAAGAAACAUGUGGAAGAGUCGCCAAGCUGCAGCGAAGCAAAGUAUCAGUCAUCCAGUGAUCUGAACUAUCAGGCAGCAAGUGACGUCAAAUACCAGUCAACCAGUGAUGCUGAAUACCAAUGUCCUAGUGACAGCCGGUACCAGUGUACCACCGACACCAAAUACCAGUCCGUUUAUGUCAUAUCGGACCAGAAGGAUGAAUGUAUCAUUGCUACAGAGGUAUGAUACCAGUCCAGACCAGAUCAGAGGGGACCAGUUUGCUCUGGUUGAGGGCGGUCCACCCACACCAGCCCUGAGCAGUAGAGCUCAGCUUGUCUCCAGGAGGUUCUACUCCUGCUGUUUGCUGCUGUUCCCUGGGAUUUACCGGAGGACUUUGAGCCAAGGUGCUGCUGAGCCAGCACAGAGUCAGUACCAACUUGGCGAGGACUUAGUACUAAUGUAGUGCUACGGGUGAAUACUGGACAUUUUUGAUCCUCAUUGGAUGAUGGUCUAAUACUGACUCAGUGCUAUGGACGAAGUGCCAAAAGACAGUGCUAGCAAUUGUACAAAUUUUGUACAGAAACAGUGCUGAACGAGUACUCGUGCAGUCAAACGAUGACUGCUGGAGAACUGAUAAAGAGCUUGCUCGAUGUCUGUUGCAGUACUGGAUGAUUUACUGCUCGUACCAGGAUGAACUCUUCUCUCCCGAUAAACAGUGGAGUAUUGACUUCGAUGUUGACCGAUGAUAUUGUAGUACCGUGGAGUACUGAUUGAAUGAACAGUGUAGUACCUUUGGAGUACUGAGAACUUUUGAAGUACUGUUGUAGUACUGUUAUGUGCUGUGGUUUUACAA